AUGGAAUUACGUGGGGUCGUUUCAUACUUGCGUGAUCCGGACAAAUACAUGCAGCUUGGUGCUCGACUUCCAAAAGGCGUUCUCUUGGUUGGUCCACCUGGAACAGGCAAAACAUUAUUAGCAAAAGCAGUUGCUGGUGAAGCCCAGGUGAUUUUUUUUUUCACUGCAUUCGAAUGCAUUUUUUUAUGCUGA